GUCCGAGUGCUACGGAAGAUGUUAAAAUCGAUACUAUGGAUAAAAUAUCUCGAUAAGACAUCGAUAGAUAGUGGUUCGGUAGUUUACUUCAUGUAUUUCGUGUUGUGUGCAUCUUGCAAAUAAAGCAAAGUUGCAUUGCUAUAUUACAAAAAUGUAAUGUUAAACUGGACAAGAAAACGUCUGUACUUUAUUUGACGAAAAGAUGAAUGCCAUGUCACGAAAAGAACCACGGUCAAUUUACCGUAAUGAUUAACCAAAGAGGAUAUAGUUAUUUAUUUCAACAAUUCGUAGACCAAGAAAUUGAAAACAUGUAACUGCAUUUGUCGACUAUUUGGUAUCCGUGCCGUAAGAAAUUAAUAAUUCUUAAGUGAAAAGUAAAAUCAAGAAGAUUUUCGAAAGAAGUGUACAAAAAGUCAAUCAAUGAUAUUUUCGACGAUGUGAAAUUCUUAUCGCAUUUUCCUAUUGAUAGUAUAGCAUGAAAAUUUAUCAAGAUGCAUAGUUAUCUAUUCGUUAACGAAUCCAAUCCAACAAAUGUGAUCUCUAUUUCAUCCAAUUUACAUUUUGUAACGAUAAACGUGUGACAAAGUGAUGCAUUAACAUAUUAUGUAUAUUCAUAUAAAAACAAAGUAGUAUCUGGUAUUAAUAUAAUUAAUAUAUCGAUAACAAAGUAAUUAAUGUUUUGCUUUUUACACAUUAUGUUCACUGUUUUUUGUAAAACAAGGUAAACAUGUAACAAAAAAGUCACAUGUGUACAAUGUUAAAGUUUCAAUUUCUGUAUCUUUAAAGUUAUGUUCUUCAUAAAAUCAAAUGCAGUUUUCUGAUUGAUAACAAUGAAUGAAAUGAAUGUAACAAGCGCCACAAAUUCUGUAACAUCUGUGAUGUUACAUGAUAGUAUCAGAAAUUAUACUACCACCAUGGCAAAUAAUAUAUCUGACGAAUCAUCCGAAGGAUAUAUGUAUUCUACAGAAGAAAGUGGAACUAGUCAACAAUUAUGGAAUGUUUCUAAGGCCACAACAUCAUUGCCUAAUAGCACGCUAGUUUCCUUUGACACUUCAAGCACCAGUAUAUAUAUGUCUACAACAACAGAAGCCUUUGAUGAAUUUGGUCCACCAGAUGGAAUAGAAUACAUUUUUGUACCACUUGGUGUAGUGGUCUUUGUUAUUGUGUUAUCAGCUGUGGUAUGGGUGAUAAUUAUAUCAAGAAAAAGAAAAUUAGAGCGAUUAAGGCAUAGACUUAUGCCAAUGUAUAAUUUUGAUCCUGGAGAAGAAGAAGAAGAUGACUGGGAAACCGAAUUAUUGGAAGAAUGUUAUAACAAUCAUCAAAGACGCCAAGGAUAUCAAUCUAUGGAUACCGAGGAAAACACUGAACUUUUUGGAAAUCAUUAAUAAAAACGAAAAUAGUCGUUUAAGUACAUAUUGUCUACAUUCUGACAUAGAUUAAUAAUUACAGUAUUUAUUAGAUUUAUAUGGUUACUUAAUGCUUGAACAGAUUGUAUAUAUCUCGAUUCAGAACGAAAUCAAAUUCUACAAGUUUUAUAUAAAGUAACAUUUUUUUCAAACAUUAGAAUACUAAGUUUUAUCGAAAAUUCUGUAGCACUAUAGUAAAACUGACUUCAUUUAUGUGAAAACCAUAAAGUAGAUUCAUGUUUCAUAAAACAAUUCCAUAAUAGAGAAAUGUGAAAAAACAAAAAAUGACAAACUUUAUUUUAUCAUUAUUAUUCAUUGUACACUGUUUAUAACAGUCUUUUUAUAAAUGUAAAAUUUUUGCUACGUG